GGCUAUGACACCAAAUUAGAGCAAAGCUAGCUUUCCGAACAUCUCUCUCUCUCUUUCUCGUUCUCUCUCAUAAAUGAUGAUAAAACUCAAACACACCCACCCUCCCCUAUUUCCAAAUCAAAGCUCAUCCUCACUACACAGCACGAUGCGUACACCACCGCUUCUCACCCUUUUCUUCUUCUUCCUUGUAAUUUAUCUCUUCUCCCUCUCUUUCACUGCAGCCAAUGCCACCACUCUCCUCUCUCAACACUUCAGAGAAGCACCACAGUUCUACAAUUCUCCAGAUUGUCCUUCCCUCAUUGAAGAGGAUAAUGAGGACGAUGAUGAUGCUUCUGAAGAGGACAGCAACGGUGGCUACAUAUGUUCGGACCUCGCCGUCCAUGUAGCAAUGACCCUUGACACUGCAUACAUCCGAGGCUCGGUGGCCGCCAUCCUCUCAGUUCUCCAGCACUCCUCUUGUCCCCAAAACGUCGUCUUCCACUUCGUGGCCUCCGCCUCCUCCAACGCGUCCCUCCUACGCGCCACCAUCUCCACCACCUUCCCCUACCUCCGCUUCCAAGUCUACAGCUUCGAUGACUCCGCCGUGGCGGGGCUCAUCUCCACUUCAAUUCGCUCCGCCCUCGACUGCCCCCUCAACUACGCCCGUAGCUACUUGGCAAAUAUCCUCCCCUUCUGCGUUCGACGAGUGGUGUACCUUGACUCUGACCUCGUCCUGGUCGACGACAUCGGCAAGCUCGCUGCCACCCCGCUGGGAGAUAGCUCAGUCCUGGCCGCACCGGAGUACUGCAACGCCAACUUCACUACCUACUUCACCCCCACGUUUUGGUCCAACCCUUCCCUCUCAUUGACAUUUGCAAAUCGCAAGGCCUGUUACUUUAACACCGGAGUGAUGGUCAUCGAUCUUGACCGCUGGAGAGCCGGAGACUAUACUAGCAAGAUUGAGGAUUGGAUGGAGCUCCAAAAGAGAAUGAGGAUAUACGAAUUAGGUUCUCUUCCACCUUUUUUGCUGGUAUUUGCGGGUAACAUAGUAGCGGUUGAUCACAGGUGGAAUCAACACGGUCUUGGCGGUGAUAAUUUCCGGGGCCUUUGCCGUGAUCUACAUCCGGGGCCGGUGAGUCUUCUACAUUGGAGUGGUAAAGGUAAGCCAUGGGCUCGACUCGACGCCAACCGUCCAUGCCCCUUGGACGCCCUCUGGGCUCCUUAUGAUCUCUUACAGACUCCAUUUUCUCUGGAUUCUUGAGGGAACACCGCAGCUCCGAAAAUUUCAGGCUCACUACCGUCAACUCUACUCUAUCUGAGGCAUGUAAUCGGUGACGAGAAUCAAAGAAGAAGAUCACCGCCCAGCGGUGUUGCAGUUGAGACGUAGCUUGAAGAUGGUGAUGUACAUGAGAGCUUUGUCCCUGAAGAUGCAUGAUAGAGGCCGGCAUCAAUACAUAUAUCAAAGUUUUCAGUUUUGUUCUUCUCCUCCUCCUCCUUUCAGGAACAACAGAGAGAGAGAGGACUACAGUUACAGUUUAUAAUAAUAACAAUAACGAGAAAAUCCAAGAACGACAUGGAUUUUCCAAUGCCAAUAAUCUCUAUUGUAUUACCAUUGUAUUAAUAACCUGGUAUUGCAAUAGCAGAGAUUAUUUUUUUCCCUCUUUCUAAAUAAUAAACAUGAAUUAGUUCUACAGUUCUA